CGGCUGCGCGGUGCGGAAGCGGCGGGGCCCGGCGGCCGCAGUGCAGGCAGCGGGUGCGGAUUCUGGCGACCCUGCGGUCCUUGCUCCUCUGGCUCCGGGCGUGGGCGGGAUGACGCGCUUCGCUCUGACCGUGGUCCGGCAUGGAGAAACAAGACUUAACAAGGAGAAAAUAAUUCAAGGACAAGGAAUAGAUGAGCCUCUUUCAGAAACCGGAUUUAAACAAGCAGCUGCUGCUGGUAUAUUUCUUAAAGAUGUGAAGUUUACUCAUGUUUUCUCCAGUGACCUUAUAAGGACAAAGCAGACCGUGCAUGGGAUUUUGGAGAAGAGCAAAUUUUGCAAAGAUAUGACAGUAAAGUAUGAUUCAAGACUUCGAGAAAGGAAAUAUGGGGCCGCAGAAGGCAGGCCGCUGAGCGAGCUGAGGGCGAUGGCCAAAGCGGCAGGGCAGGAGUGCCCAGCGUUCACACCACCUGGAGGAGAGACCCUGGACCAGCUGAAAAUGCGUGGAAAAGACUUUUUUGAAUUUCUUUGUCAACUGAUCCUGAAAGAAGCCGGUCAGAACGAAGAGUUUUCCCAGGAAGCCCCGAGCAGCUGUCUGGAAAGCUCCCUGGCAGAGAUAUUUCCUUUAGGGAAAAACUGUGCCUCCACGUUUCACUCGGACAGCGGCACCCCGGGCCUAGCGGCCAGUGUCUUAGUCGUGAGUCACGGCGCCUACAUGCGGAGCCUGUUGGAUUACUUUCUGACCGACCUCAAGUGCUCGUUCCCAGCGACUCUGAGCAGGUCCGAGCUCACGUCCGUCAGCCCUAACACAGGGAUGACUGUCUUCAUCCUAAACUUUGAGAAAGGAGGCAAGGGGAAACCAACCGCCCAGUGUGUGUGUGUGAACCUGCAGGGCCACCUGGCCGGGGUGAGCAAAACUCCCUAAAUCUAAAUCAUCUGCAUGGAGAUCUUAACAAAUGGGAACCUCUGAGGGAGUGCCUCUGACUUUACUUCCAUCCUUUGCUAAUGCAGACUUGGAAGCAGUUAAAAAGCUGCCCGUUACAACAGGUUAUAAAACUCCAGUGGAAUCAGAGCCAUGUGAAACACUAAUGGAAAACCAUCGAAAAUGGACUUUUUUGGUGCAGGUAUAGUUGGAAUUUUCCGGGGUAAUUUUACCACCCUGCUCAGUAAGCUCUCUGUAUUGUAAAUGGAUGAGGGAACUCAGUAUUGUGAAUUGGGGCAUGAAUAACCCUGUUACUAUGGUCUUGGGGUUUUUUGGGUCUUUUUGCUUUUUUAACGUCUUUUUUUUUUUUUUUUAAUGUUUUUCUUUAAUGUCUGAAAAAUCUAACCUGUUUUCUUGACUCUUGGUAAGAUACUAUAUUUUUUUUUUUUUUCUGUCUUCAUCCAGUGCUUGGAAGAGGGAACUUGUAAUUUCCACUCCAUAUUUUUGUGACACUAUGUUAUAGUCCUUUAAAGGAAACCUGCUAUCAUUGUUUACGUGAAAGCAAACGACACUAAAUGUUUACUAUGGAAAUCAGCUGUUGUAACUGUGGACUCUGGAGGCUUUGAGAUACAGAUGAAUGUGGCUUGUAGUUGCAGAACAGUAUAGUGAGGAAGAACCAUCAUCUAUUACAGAAUUUUUCAAAGAGGGAAUCAAAGCAGGAGAAACAAAAAGAGCAGACCUUUCAUAUCUAACCUGUGGGCUGAAGAAUUAGUUUGAACAUGGUGCUUAAGAAUGCACACAGUUGCUGACUUGCUUCAUAGCAGUGGGGUUUUAUUCAAGAUGAGGUUUCCUCUCUUUUCCACCAGAUGGUGCUAGAGAAAAGGGAUUUGGGUUAUCAUCACUGACUUCAUGGACCUGAGUUUGAGCAAGCUAAGGAAGUUGGUGAUGGACAGGGAAGCCUGGCAUGCUGCUGUCCUUGGGGUCACAAAGAGUCAGACACGACGGAGCGACUGAACUGAGCUGAAAUUCUGUGCAACAGAUGGGUCCCUCUGAAGUCCUCGUCUCCAUGGAGAAAGUGUUUUCCAUGCAGUUCUGCUUAUAAAUAGUCACGUUGAUGAAUGCUAUGAGCCUCGGCUCACAAGAGGGUAAGACCGAGUCUGUCUGUCACUUAAGGCUAAAGUCACACUGAGAUGUACGUCACGUUUAGGAUCAUGCGGUCCUCAGUGUGUCCAGGGCUGCCUGUGGUCCUGGGACAGAGCACGUGGUGGCGCACGCAGGAAGCUCACUGCAGACAGACAGCUGGAAAGUCAUCAGAAAAGAACAAAUAAUAAACGCCCACUUCCCCACCCUCCAGAAGUAGUAACUAACCCCCUCCUUUUUUUUUUUUUUUUUUUUUUAAUAACGCACUGAGAUGGAAGUAAAGUUCCUCUAAGCAGCCAUCACUGCCCUGUUGCCUCCUGCUCUCUGUAGAGGUGGCCAGCACCACAGGCCCACACACCCACCCAUCCUUCACAUGGUAUCAUCAGGGAACGGUAUCAUUCUGGCAUUUUACAGAUGGCCGCAGCAUCGGUCUAUUCUGACUUCUCACUUACUGUGUGUAUCUUGAGGCUCUAUACUGGUAUGUACAGAUCUGGUUACUUCUUUAACCACUGUAUUCUGCAGAAUAAACACAGUAUAUUUUAUUUUUUUAUCCUCC